AUGACCGCACGAGGAGCACUUGGAAGAUGCCCCCGGUCCCAGUCCUUGGCCGCCUGGGCCGGGCUCCGGAACCUUCCGGAGCCCCCAGCAGGGCCAUGCACCUUGGAUGCGGGCUGGGCAAGGUUUCACACACUAAACUUCAAGGGCGGAGGGCUGUCUCGGGAGGCGAAAAGGCCCGCCUGCUUGCUCCCCGAGCCCUGGGACGGCCGGAGUUCCCAGGGCAGCGCAGGGCGCGGGCAGCUGCAUGCGAGGCGUGCCCACAUCCAGAGACCAAGGGCCUUCACAGUGGAGGCUGGCCUCCUCCUCCUGCAGCGUCCUGGGCCGCAGGCCGGCCUCCACGGGGAGCGGUUCCUCCACCAAGCCCACUCCCUCUGGGCUCAGGCCAGCAGCCCAGCAACGGGAAAAGGCCAGGUGGAUGAAGUGGCCCUGCAUCCAGGCGGGCCGGGGCUCUGCUCCCCCGGACGAAGCCAGACAUUCUGGGAGCUCGUCUUCCUGGUGCAGGAACCCCAAGCUGAGGAGCUCGACGUGGGGCUCAGACUUUCCUGCUCCUUGGGGGAAACCUCUGCAAUUGUGAAAUCCAUCCCACUGAACAUGAGCAAAAGCUACACCAUGAGGUACCAUGGAAGGGUAACCUACGAUGCUGACGUGCUAAAGAUGUUUUGGGAGAAAAAAAUCAAGCUUCACAUGGAACUACUGCAGAAGGAGGACAUGAGGAUCCGUGGGAGCGCCCUGGACAGGCUCCGCGGCGAGUGGGCUCGGCAGCUGGAGAGGAGGAAUCAGAUGCUGCAGACCUCCCAGGAGGCGCCCCCGCGGCCAGCCCCGCCCUGCACCCCCACCCUGGGCGCCGGCGACCAUCCAGCGGCCUGA